AAGGCGCAUUAAGACUUUAAGCUCCAUUGGAACUGUUCAAUCUACCUAACCUUUCAAUUCUUAAGUGUAAACUACCUAUUAUCAUUGUUCCAUUAGCUACUUUUACGAGUUACGAAUGGUCGCUAUUGAUAUGGGUACCUAAUUCAAUAGCUCAUACAAAAUGGGGCUCCCAUCCUUCCUCAGAGAUGAGCGGCUUGUUGCCGUUGGUUUUGGCCUGGCUACUGUGGGCUUCCUCGUCGGCAUGACAACAAUUCUAGAACACUAUCGAGACGAAGCUGAGAUCAAACCAACGCCACCAAAGACCCAGUAUAUCACCCAAGAAACUGAAGAUUCGCUCAGAUCAGAUACCCUAGAGAGCCUUCUCGGUCACUACAACUUUGCGAUACGUGAUACAGCUUUGAAGAUUAUUGCCGGACGGGCUGUUAAUGAUGCCUCCACAAUAUAUAGCCUUUUAUGGGGCAUCACUCGAGAGAACUAUGAUGAACGUAUGGAGGCUUUGAGAGCGCUCGCUUUUGCUAUGGAAGACAAAGAAACUUAUCAGGAGCCCUUGAACAUGCUCAAUACUCGAAGGGCAUACAGCGCCCUGGUCAGAUCGCUGGAAUUAUCCGUUGACGAUGUAAAACACGAGAAGCUUGAUGACCCCUUGUAUGAUGAAUACUACCUUCGGGACAUUGGUGAGCGGCGCUGUCUCUUGCUGGUUUCUCAGCUUGUUCACAGAUACGGCGUCGACAAAUUAAUCGAAGCUGGUUUUGUCGAGAAGUGGCUGGCAAGGCAACCGUGGGGGGACGGAGAGGAAGAAAGGCAGAACAAUUUUGCCAUGUACUUGGAUCGGAGAAAGAAUCGGAUUAGUGAUAUUUGCUUUCACUUGAAAACAACCAGGGCGGGUCGCGCUGCUUUACAGAAGGCAAAGCUGACUACUAAGUCAAGGAAGUCGAAGCGGGACAGGUCGAAUCGCAUUAAAGUCGUUUUAGAGAUUGACAUGACAAACGAAAACGACCAAGAUGAUGCGUUGGGGGCCGAACUUGUUCCUCGGGUGAAUGACCAGAGUGCCGAAGAGCAACGAUUACGCAGGAGGCAUCGAGAGGCUAUGGUAUUGAACGAUGGAACACAUUCGCUAGGACGAAGCGACAUUAUUGAGCGGGAGCACGACUCUAACAGUUAAGCGUGACCUACUCUUUACCACCAAGUCGUUAUCAUUCAGGCCCAAUGGAUGACUUCCGACACUCAAAGCGGCACUGGACUCCCGGAUUGUAAGCUUGCGUCUGUUAUAUGAGAAGUCUUCAAUGCUACAGAACUUGAAAGUUAUCAACGCAAUAUUUUCGGAUGGUAAAGUUUUCUUGAAGGGCGGAAGACUGAGUCAAGUCA